AUGAGUGAUCCUGAUGUACCUGAAAGACCAAAAUAUAGGGCAGGUCGCAAACCAACUGCUGUUAAGAUUUAUACUGUAAAUCAUGAGUCCAGAUAUUUAGUUGUAGAGAACGUACCAGCGUUAGGAUUAAGUAAAGAAUUAUUAGAACUUUUUUCUCUUUAUGGAGCCAUUGAAGAAUAUCGGUAUUUGGAUGAUUAUCCAUGUGAAAAAUUUACAGAUGUAUAUUGGAUAAAAUUUCAAUCAAUUGCUGAAGCUAG